AUGGAUCAAGAUAAUCCACACAACUCCCCCACCCCAACUACCAACCCCCAAGCAGCACAUCGCGAUUCAACACCCUCACGCUCCCCACCUCCUUCAUAUGCAAAUUUCCCACAUUCUGGGAAUUUGCCAACGGAUGCGCAGAGUCCGGACCACGCUCCAAUAGGUGCGCCUUUGGGAGCUUCCUAUUCAACCAACCCUCCGGUAAGGGAGAAGGCGCCAUUAGAUACGCCAUCUUUCACCUCAGAGCCAACACACCUAAUGUCGGAAGGUUCAACUGAACACCCACAUAGCGCUCCUUUCAAAAACUUGGGAGGAGCUGAUUCUGGCGACCUGGAAAGCAAAGGAAAACUUCCAGAAAGUGGCGGAGAUGAUGAUAUAGAACGAUCCACAGUUCGUCCCAGGACUCCGCCGCCAAAUCAAGCACCAGGCACCGUUUCCCAUUCUCGCCUAUGCCUCUUUGUGCGCCAGCAACCUAUAGCAGCUCGUGCCUGUGAACCUGAAGAUAGAUGGCGGCGACCCAUGGAUCCGAUACCAGUCGUUCAGCUGUUGAUGACCGAUUUCUCUCCGGAGUCGGUGGAAGACAGGAUGCAACUUGCAAGCAAACAGUACAUUGUUUCCUGCCACUUAUCUCCAAUCGCAAAGGAGCACGGGGAAGCUAAUGCGAAGCAUCAUUCCAAGCAAGCUGACCGUGGGGAAAUCAACGACACUGACAGCAACUUGUCAGCUGGCAGGACACUAGGCGGCAACUGUCACGCAAGUCCAUUUUCUGUCAAUGAAGAUCCCGAUCCAACCAAUGCGCCUCCCCACCCUCGAUCAGCACCAAAUCAAGCAAUAUACUCGGCUUCUGCCCUUAGAGAAACCUCAGGUCGUUUGCAAUCUCCCAACCCACCGGCAUCUAUGCCUGCGACCUUUUUUGUUUUUACCAACCUUUCCAUUGGCAAGGUAGGCCGUUAUCGGCUACGGUUUCAGCUCAUGGAUGUCCAUGAAGCUUUGCAAUUGGGGUGUUCUCCAAUCCUUCACGAAGUUUAUUCUCAGCCUUUUCAAGUGUUUCAUAAGAGGGACUUUCCCGGUCUGCAGCCAAUAUCCUUAUUGACAGAGAAAUUGAGGUCCUUGGGUGUUGUGGGGAUUUACAGCGCCAGCGACGAUGAUAUCGAAGACUGGACACCCUGCAGAACUCUCACCACGGGCCUUGUUUUGGAUUGA